AUGAAAGAUCUCGGACAUCUCAAAUACUUUCUCGGAUUGGAGGUAGCUUGCAGUGCGGAAGGUUUCUACCUUUGCCAACGGAAAUAUUGUACCGAUGUUGUCACUGAAGUGGGCAUUCUGGUAUGUAAACCUGCUGGUUUUCCUAUGGAUAAAAGACACGGUGUUUCCCUAGCCAAAGGCUCUCCUUUCCCUGAUCCUGAACGCUACCGACGACUUGUUGGAAGACUGGUGUAUCUAGCUGCUACGCGUCCUGAUUUAACAUAUUCUAUUCAUAUACUUACGCAGUUUAUGCAGAAACUAGACAAUGCUCAUUGGGAUGGGGCUAUGCAUGUUGUUCGUUAUUUAAAAGGUACACUUGGACAAGGCAUCAUGUUGCGUGAAGCUCCACCAUUACACAUCACCGGUUGGUCUGACUCUGAUUGGGAAGGCUGUCCGGUAACCCAAAGAUCAUUGACUGGUUGGCUUGUUCAGCUUGGAACGUCUAUUAUCUCAUGGAAGACAAAGAAACAAGGUACAGUUGCUUUAUCUUCAACUGAAGCCGAAUACAGACCUAUGACAGAGGCAGUAGAGGAACUGAAAUGGAUCAAAGGCCUACUUCGUGAUUGUGGCAUCGAUCAUACACGACCAAUGACUUUGAUGUGUGAUGAUCAAUCAGCUAAUUUACUUGACCAAGAAUCAUGUUUUCCAUGA